AUGACGAAUUCAAUUCUUCAUCUCCUCAACCACUUUCUACCAAUCGAUCAACUUUUCUCUUCACCACUGGACCAUAAAGACUCUGUGGCUCUCACCAAUGAACAACAACAACAACAAGAACAACAACCAGGAUCAACUCUCUUGUAUUGGACUCUCGUUCCCUCUCUCUUAACUCUCACUUCCAUGUUCAUCUCUCUCUUGGCUCAACUCUUUAGUUCCUUUUGGCCUCGCAUUGAAUAUGCUCCUCACGUUCAAAACAAACCGACGAAAAGUCUUUGGCUUUCCUUUGUGUUGAAUCAUAGUAUGGCCUCUGUAUUGACCAGUGGAUGCAUUGCAUGGAGUCGUUCUCAUGGCUCUCUCUAUGAAUUCAAUCUCUUUGAAAUGCAUUCGAAUUGGGAUCGUGUGUGGUAUGUGGGAAAAGUUCUCAUGUGUGUCUUGUUCAUGUUAAUUCUCUAUGAUUUAUGUGUCUAUGUUUUUCAUCGAUCGUGUCAUGCCUUUAAAUUCAUGUAUCGUUUCUUUCAUCAACAACAUCAUGAGAAUUGUGCUCCGCGUGGGGUGUUGGAUGCCAUAUAUGGAGAUUCGUUGGAGAGUUUGAUUGUGGCAUUGUGUGCGAGUGGACAAAUGAUGUUGUUUGAAUUUCCGAUCAGUUCGGUUGUGAUUUUUUUGUUUCUUAUUAGUUUUUUGGUUCAAGUGAAUCAUUCGGGGCAUUGUGUGGAAAUUCCAUUUUUGUACAAUUACCGUUUUCAUACAUCUCAUCAUUUACAUUUUCGUGUGAAUUUCUCUGAACAUAUCAUGUUGUGGGAUUAUCUAUUUGGAACAUUGAAAUUGUCUGAUCCAAACACCAUGCAAAAUGGAUCUAAAUCAGUCUUGAAUCUCCACAAUGAACGCACCAUCGAAGUGAAAAGAUGUAAAGACAAGUGA